CCCUGUCUCUAAUGAAUAGAAUCAGACCAAAGGUGCAAUAUCUGCGAUCCUUUCUUCUCUUUCCCCUUCGUUAAACUGGAGCUUCAGUAGCAGCGAGAUACGAACCACGAUCAUUCUGGGGAAAAGAGAAACGGGCGUUUGGAUCCGGACUCCUUUUAUUUCUUGAAACGGCGCUGCCAAUCCCACUGGCGCAUUUGUCACGCGCUCAAACCUUGCGCCCUCUCGACUCGGCUCCGCCAAGACAACGUUCUCUCAUCACAGCAAAGUUUCUUCCCGCAAGUGGUUCGCGAUGGGUCAGAGCGUGUCGUGGAUCUCCAGCUUGCUCUGGGCCAAGAAAGAAAUAAGAAUUCUCAUCUUGGGCCUGGACAACGCUGGAAAGACAACGCUGCUGUACAGACUGAAGAUCGGCGAGGUUGUGACGACAAUACCAACGAUAGGAUUCAACGUCGAGUCGGUCACGUACAAGAACCUCAACUUCAACGUGUGGGACCUCGGCGGGCAGACGAGCAUCCGGCCAUACUGGCGCUGCUACUACGCGAACACGGCGGCCGUCAUAUUCGUCGUCGACUCGACCGACAUUGAGCGGCUACAGACAGCCGCGGACGAGCUCGCCGCCAUGCUGAACGAGGAGGAGCUCAAGGACGCGGCGCUGCUGGUCUUCGCCAACAAGCAGGAUCAGCCGGGGGCCAAGGGGGCGGCUGAUAUCUCGCAGGCGUUACGGCUGGGGGAGCUGCGGGACAGGAACUGGAGCAUCAUGGCAUGUUCGGCGGUGGACGGGAGCGGUGUGAGCGAGGGCAUGGACUGGCUGGUGCAAACGGUAUCGCAAGAUUAAUAAACCGGAGGGGGGAUGGCCCUUGUAUAACACCUACGCAUGAUCUGCAUUCUACAUUCGUUAUUACAUACUACUAUGCCGAACCUUGGGUAUGUUCAGGGAUGGUACUGUAUGGUCCAGCAUCGGCGUUUUUUAGGGCGGGAAACGGUUGCCCUCGAGGUUGAUUGACAGACAGCCUGCUCGCCUUCGAGGGCGGAUCUUGCAUCAGAGUUGGAAUGGCCUUUUGCACACGUACGCAGGAUUAUAAGUUUUAAUGGAAGCCUCGACAUUACUUCAAGCUCGACUUUAGGGGAUUCUGGUCCUUGCUUCGAAGGC